UUUUGGCAUAAUUGCGUCGCCCUCCCUUUUUUGGUGAAAAAUAUACAAUAAGAAGAGAAAACACAAGAGAGCCAAGAGAUGGAGGAUGGUAAAGUAGCGGUGAAAUCAUCAAGAUUUAAAAGAGUUUGUGUGUUUUGUGGUAGCAGUAAAGGCAACAGGGAUUGUUAUCGUGAUGCUGCUCUUGAACUUGGCCAAGAACUGGUGUCGAGAAGGUUGGAUCUUGUUUAUGGCGGAGGAAGUGUUGGAUUGAUGGGGCUAGUGUCUCAAGAGGUCCAUCGUGGGGGAGGCCAUGUAAUAGGAGUCAUCCCUAAAACUCUGAUGAACAAAGAGCUAACAGGAGAAACAGUGGGGGAGGUCAGGCCAGUAGCGGACAUGCAUCAAAGAAAAGCUGAGAUGGCCCGCAAUUCUGACUGUUUCAUUGCCUUACCAGGUGGGUAUGGAACCUUGGAGGAGUUAUUGGAGGUCAUUACAUGGGCCCAACUUGGCAUCCACGACAAGCCUGUGGGUUUGCUUAACGUGGAUGGAUACUACAAUUACCUGCUGACUUUUAUAGACAAGGCAGUGGAUGAUGGGUUCAUCAUGCCAUCUCAGCGUAGUAUUAUUGUCUCUGCCCCAAGUCCCAAAGAGCUUGUUCAGAAACUUGAGGAAUAUGUGCCUGUGCAUGAUGGAGUUGUUGCCAAGGCUAAGUGGGAGGCAGAACAAAUGGAGCUCAAUGCAUCUUUGCAAACUGAAAUUGCUCGUUAAUGGCAGAAAUUAACCAUAUGAAAAGUUUUUUUUUUUUUUAGGAUUUUAUUAAAAUUAUGUAGGGCUUUCUCCUUUUCAAUUUUGUAUGUAUUGGUCUAGAAAGGAAGAGGAGAAUUUCCAUGCCAGAAAAAAUGAAAUAUUAAUUUGGUAGCUA